UUAUUCCAGAUGGGCAAACAGCUCCGUUGGGGUGUGUGCGGCACCGGCAUGAUCGCGCACGAUUUCCUCACUGCCCUCGGGACGUUGCCCGCAGACCAACAUCGGGCUUGCGCCGUCGCCGGCAAGGAACGCGAACGGACACAGAGACUUGCCAGUUUACACCAAACGAGAAUCCAUGAGUCCUAUGAGGCGCUCGCUUCCGAUAACAACAUAGACAUAGUAUUCGUGAGCGUGCUAAACCUCCAACACUACGAAAUAACCAAGCUCAUGCUCGAGCACGGCAAGCACGUGCUCUGCGAGAAACCCAUGGGCAUGACACACAAGCAAACGCAAGAACUCGUCAAAUUAGCGAGGGCCAGAAAACUGUUCCUAUUGGAAGGCAUGUGGUCGAGGUUCUUUCCGGCCUACGAUGCUCUGGAUAAGCACAUAGCUGGGGGAGGCUUGGGAGAUGUGUAUCAUGUCAAUGUGCAGUUCGGGGUCGAGAUCAAUGAUAUUGAGAGGAAUUUAAUGAAAGACCUCGGCGGCGGCGCGGUGCUCGACCUCGGCCUUUACAUGCUCCAACUGGUCCAAUGGAUCUUCAAAACACCGCCUUCAGAUGUCGUGUGUACGGGGCACAAGAGCGGCGCGGGUGUGGACGAGUCUAUGUCGUGUGCGCUUAAGUAUCCCGAUGGGAAGACUGCGAGUAUUGCGGCCCACACGAGGGUCGCUAUGGGAAAUAAAGCUGAGAUUGUUGGCACCAAAGGCUCGGUCACUCUGGACUACUUCUGGUGCCCGACCUCGCUCCACCUCUCGGCCGCCAACAGCACGGAGUGGACGCUCCCGCGGGGCCGCUUCAACUUCCACUUCCACAACAGCGCCGGUCUCUCGUACCAGAUACAGGAGUGUCACGAUUGUAUUACACAAGGUUUACUAGAAAGUUCAAAGUUGCCACUAGAUGAAAGCAUACUCCUGUCAAAGUUGGCUGAUACCAUGCGCAUGCAACUGGGCGUGCUAGAUAAUUAACUAUAACGCAUUUACCCUAGCCCCACCUGCCGUUAUCGGCUCAUUUACCUCUGACAACGAACACUUGCAAUUGUAGUUUAUAAUAAUAUCAUCUCGGACAGCGAAGCGCGCUCAAAUAUCUGUUGUACAAUCUCAAUAUUAUCAUCUUGGACAGCGAAGCGCGCACAAAUAUCUGUUGUACAAUCUCAAUAUUAUCAUCUUGGACAGCGAAGCGCGCACAAAUAUCUGUUGUACAAUCUCAAUAUUAUCAUCUUGGACAGCGAAGCGCGCACAAAUAUCUGUUGUACAGUCUGCAAUAUUAUCACCUCGGACAGCGAAGCGCGCACAAAUAUCUGUUGUACCAUCUCAAUAUUAUCAUCUUCGACAGCGAAGCGCGCACAAAUAUCUGUUGUACAGUCUGCAAUAUUAUCAUCUCGGACAGCGAAGCGCGCACAAAUAUCUGUUGUACAGUCUGCAAUAUUAUCAUCUCGGACAGCGAAGCGCGCACAAAUAUCUGUUGUACAGUCUGCAAUAUUAUCAUCUCGGACAGCGAAGCGCGCACAAAUAUCUGUUGUACAAUCUCAAUAUUAUCAUCUUCGACAGCGAAGCGCGCACAAAUAUCUGUUGUACAGUCUGCAAUAUUAUCACCUCGGACAGCGCGCACAAAAUUCUGACACACAUAAGCACAUGACUAGUUGACUAAAGCUUAUGUUAGACAGGGUGGCCCGAAAAUACGUCAAAUAAUAUUUUCUGGGAUAUUUUUUUUACUUUUACAAAAUGUAAUUAAAAUACUGGUUAAAGUGAAAGGUUUUGAGGUUGUAUUAGGUUGUACGUUUUGUUGUGUAUUGCUAAAUUUGCAAAUGACUACAAUGGAAUAGUGACGUCAUAGAAUAAAAGGAGAAUUGUUAGCCAAUGGAAUUUUAAUGUUAUAACUGCAGAUAUUUAAAAAAUAAAGAAUAUACCAAAAGGGUUUAACCCACCCAGUGCCAGUAGUUAUAUAUUGUGGUGAUUAUUCGUUAUUUUACAGUACAUUGGUGUACGAGUAGUGCAGUAAUUUGCACUUUACGUGCCUAUGUCGAAAAUAUGUAAUAGUACAUUACGAUACAAGUGCGAAAAGUAGGAAAUUCGCAACGUGUGGCGAUAUCGGCACGAGUUGCGAAUUAUCUUUUCGCACGUGUACCUAUUGUACAACGUUUCACAGUACAAUAUGACCCUUUAAAUUUUCGACAUACGCACGUAUUGUGCUAGUUACCGCACUAGGGUGGUAAAUUAACACCAUGUGUACUCUAAAAGGUUGUACGAUACACGUGCGGAUUUUCUACUUUUCGCACUUGUAUCGUAAUGUACUAUUAUUUAUACAUUAGCAUUAAAAUUAAGUAAGUCUUCUGGCGUUGAUUUUGUCUAACAAAUAUAAACAGUCGCAAUAUAACACGCGAAGAAGAUUUACCCCGAAACAGUCCAGUAUACAAAUUAGACAAUAGGUAUUUAUUAUUAAUAAGUUAUUCAUAGGUAUGUACGCAAAUAGUAUAAUAGACAAUGUAUGGUUUUUUUAUUAAAUAAAUAAAGAAAUAAGCAAUGUUGAAUUUGUUGUCAUAUGAAUUAAAAGAUUUCAACCAAUUUUGGCAGAAUCGUAAGGAAUAAAAUGUUUAUACAAAAAGCCGAGUGAAAAAAACUUAAAAUUGUAAACACCUAAAACCAAAAAACAAACGUAAAUAAACGUAGGUAAGCGAUUAAGUCCCGUGUUUGUUUUAAAAUUAUGAGUGGAAAUCGUGUUAGUUUAAAUCAGUAUACCUAAAACCAAGUUAAAAGCAAAUUGUUAGGUUAUAAAUAAUAAUGUGAAAUAACAAUGGUACAAGUUAAUGUGAGAGUGAUAGUAUAAUUAGCAAACAAUCGAUAUGUCGAACUAUUAUAAUCAUUUUAAUGAGAAGCUAGCUUAGCCAUAUUAUACCUACCCACCUUUUAAAUAAUACAUGCAAUAUACGUGGAAAUUAAGCUGCUUAUACUUUUCGGUCCAUUAGACUUUUCCACUAUAUUAGGGGUUGAUACCGUAAUAAAAAUUAUUUAGUAUGACUUACAUUUUACCCUCGCAUAAUAUGACAAAAAAAAUAAUAGGUAUCAUACAGUCUGGCAAAAAAGAGUAGAAAUUAAAAAGUGGCAACACUAGUG